CAUAAGUUGCUUUUGUUGGUGCCUUGCUUCCCUCUGCUCUUAAACGAGGGGGUAAAUGGCACAUGUGUGAUGUGUCUUCUCUCUGCAUGCUUUCUCUUGUUUGGUUGACAACUUUCCAUUCUCUCCUUUUCCCUCCACCUGUGAGUAGUUUCCAUCAACCAGUCAUGCCUUUCUUCUCUCUCUCUCUCUCUCUCUCUCUCUGUUCAUGUCUUGUGAUCCUUCAAUUUCUAUCUGCAACCUAAGUGGGCUUUCUUGAAUGUGUCUCUUGUAGUCAAAUUUUUUAUUUAUUUUUUAAAAAUCGGAAGUCUCUAUCUGAUAAUUGAUACUGUGGUUUAAUUUUAUUCCCUAAUUUAUGAUCGUUACUUCUCAUUUAUUUUGCAGUUGAAAAUGAUGUGAUUGUGUUGUUUCUUUGAACACUUGUAGGGCAAGUUGGCAACCCAUUCUCAAGCUUUUUGGUUUGUGAUUGUCAGUAAUGUCCACUUUUGAUGAAUUCUUGAAAAUUUGAGAUUGAUGAUCAGAAAGGGAAAGGAAAAGGGAAAGGGAAAGGGAAAGCUGAAUAUGAUGUCAUGUGAUUGUAAUUAAGAGUUGGUUGGAAGGAAAUGACAUAUAACAGUUUAAAGUUUCAAAGGGCUUGUUGAGGGUCUUUUUUAAUUGGUUGGAAUUUAUGAUUGUUUGUGGAAAAGAAAUGGAGCCUCUGAAUCAGAAGUCCAUUGAAAGAGUUUUUUCUCAGAGAGCUCUGCAAAUUGGGAGCUCAUUUCCAUGCCAAAUCUGUGUGGUGGGCUUUCUGUGUGGGGUUUGUCUCACCUCUUUGUUUCUGGCUGUUCUUACUUCAAUUGGUGCUUCUCAGUUUGGAGGGACUUCGUUUUCGGCAUUUUCGACAUGGAAUUCGAGCUCCAAAAAUAUCAGUAUGGUUACAAGUGGAGGAUGCAAUUUUAAACCAAAGGAAAUAGAAGCAAGGUUGGAUUCACAGAAGAGUAUCAAAUGGAGAGCCGAUGAUAAAGUGCCUUUACUGUAUUCGUCUUGGAGUGAUAUGCUAAAUGACUCGAUAAUUGAGGAAGAAGAUCAGUUCUUGCAAGGUAUCGGAUGGGGUAGUUCUAAUGUACCAAAGGCCCCUCACUUUGAGAAUUGCAUGUUGAGUGCACAAGUAAACGAACGUCUUGAUAACCGUGUUGCAAAUGAAAGCUUCCCUCCUUGGACAAUUUGGAAAGGGCAGCUAGAUGUCUUCCCAUUUUCGGCAGCUGACGAGCAACUGAGGUAUUAUAGGCAUGAAGCCUUAUCUGAAGGUGCUUAUCCUCCUUGGAUUACCGGAUCAGAUGAGGAGAAUUAUCCCUUUACUAGGAAAGUACAACGUGACCUAUGGAUCCAUCAGCACCCUGUAAGCUGCAGUGAUGCUAAUGUGAGGUUCCUUGUUGCUGACUGGGAAAGGUUGCCUGGCUUUGGUAUUGGAGCUCAGAUUGCAGGAAUGUGUGGGCUUCUUGCUAUUGCAAUUAAUGAAAAAAGGGUCCUUGUUACGAACUACUAUAAUCGAGCAGACCAUGGUGGUUGUAAAGGUUCAUCACGCUCUAGUUGGUCUUGCUACUUCUUCCCAGAAACAUCUAAUGAAUGCCGGGAACGUGCAUUGAAGCUUAUGGAGAGUAAGGAAGCAUGGGAUAAAGGAAUUGUAACGGGAAAAGACAAUUAUAGUUCUAAGGUAAUAUGGUCAGGACGGACACCAAGGGUUUGGGGGAACCCUUGGAGUUAUUUGCAGCCAACAACAGAAAUAAAUGGGAGUCUGAUCGCUUAUCAUCGCAAAAUGGACCGGAGGUGGUGGCGAGCACAGGCAGUGCGCUACCUAAUGAGGUUCCAGACCGAGUACACUUGUAACUUACUUAAUGUCGCAAGGCAUGCAGCGUUUGGAUGGGAAGCUGCAAAAAUGGUUCUUGCAAAUCCAGUUGACAAAUGGCCAGAGGAUGUCAUGAGAACGCCGAGAUCUGACAUUGAAGAAUUUGUAUGGUCAAAUCACAAGCCAUGGAUCCCCAGGCCAUUGCUAAGCAUGCAUGUAAGAAUGGGAGACAAGGCAUGUGAAAUGAAGGUGGUUGAAUUCGAAGAAUACAUGCAUCUCGCUGAACGCAUCAGAAAGCGCUUUCCACACCUUAAAAGCAUCUGGCUUUCCACUGAAAUGCAGGAAGUCAUCGAUAAAUCAAAAUUGUACCCCAAUUGGAAAUUUUACUACACGAACAUAACGCGCCAAGUGGGAAACAUGACAAUGCCCAUGUAUGAAGCCAGCCUCGGAAGGGAAACCAGCACGAAUUAUCCUCUGGUUAACUUCUUGAUGGCUACAGAAGCUGACUUCUUCAUCGGAGCAUUAGGUUCGACAUGGUGCUUCUUAAUAGAUGGAAUGAGGAAUACAGGUGGAAAAGUGAUGGCUGGCUACUUGAGUGUCAACAAAGAUAGGUUCUGGUAGAGAGUUAUCCAUAGCAGGCAGCCUACUAGGAAUGUAAAUUAUUGUGAUAUAUAGUUAUACGUAUAGUUCCUUUGUGUAUAUGGUAUCCAUUUUCACCAGAUACCUAUGUCUGCAUAUCACUCUGUAUCUAUGGCCUCUUAGAUGUGCACAAAGCUUCCUAUAACUAUGCAAUAUAUUGUUCUUCUUGGUGAACAGGGUAUUUUAGUCUUGACGUCUUUGGAGGUGACCUUGAGCCUAGGUUUGUAAAACCUCCCACUGAAGAAACUAAGUCAA